ACUGAUGUCCUAUAAAAGGUGUCCAAUUAAGGGUCUCCAAUGAAUGGUUUCCAAUGAAGGGUAUUCUUAGGGUCUCCGAUUAAUGGUCUCCAAUAAAGGAUCCCCAAUGAAUUUCCUCCAAUCAAGGGUCUCCAGUGAAGGGUCUCCAUUGAAGGGUCUGAGGUGAACAAACUCCGCUGUUAUAUAUUAUGAUGACUUUAUUUGUAACAGACUUUUAAUCAGACUUAGCCUUGAAUUGAGAGGGGUUGCACCAAGUAAUGAAUUGUCCGUGCAAUCUUACUGAUUAGAUUCCCAGCUGCACUAAUUACAAGUUUCAAGGUUAUUUUUACCACUUGAUAAUUUAUAUUCAUCGUUUUCCUUUCACUUAGAUGGGUGGAUAGACGGAGACUCAAUGGGAUGUCACAAAUUUUUGAAUACAAAGAUAAAUAUUUCUUGGAUUGAUGCUCAGUAUGAAUGUGAAGUUGUCGGUGGUUAUCUUGCAGAACCCACUACAGCCGGAAAAGCUGAAUAUCUGGGAAAACUUGCAGGUGUUGGCCUAAGUUUUACAGGAAUAGGAUACUGGUAUAUUGGACUUUCAGAUAUAGGAUUUGAACGACAUUGGAUGUGGAUGCAUUCAGGAGAAGAGCUGAAGGACUCUUUCUGGGGGGUGAACCAACCAUCCAAUAAGACAGGAAAUAGAGAGGAUUGUGGGGUUCUCGUCGUGAGAAACAACACUUUUAUAUGGGAGGACAUGGACUGCUCUGAUUCCUUAAAUCUAGAUAAUGCUGUAGCACCAGUCUGUCAGCAUGACAAGGAGAUUUUAUCAACAUCAGUUUCUCCAGAGAUAACCACAACAGUUUUAUCAGAUACGUCGACGGAAUCAAUUUGUCCUUUGGGUUGGACAGAGUUCCAGGGCAACUGUUAUUCCUUCUUUUCCUACGAAACCAGUUGGAUAAACGCUGAAAUGUAUUGCAGGGAAGAGAAUUCUUCUUUAGUUUCUAUUCAUUCUCAGGAGGAAAAUGAUUUUCUUCUAUCGUUAGCCGGAGAAGUAAAUUUCUGGAUCGGUGGUUAUUGGAAAGGAGACCGGAUGCGCUCUUCUGGACAGACUUUUCAGAGAAUGACUUCUCAGAUUUUUACAGUUCAUACUACACUGGUUGCCUUUAUCAAUACAGAGGAAAUGGGUGGUCUGGGAAAAAUUGUCACAGUAACACGUUUACUUCAAGCUUUAUUUGUAAAAAUAUAAAAUGAUAACUCUUGAA